AUGGCGGUCGGACAGGGAAACCCACCGGCACGUGAGACGCUCCAAAAACUUGGGCAAUUUUGAGUUAGGGUUUUAUCUCUAUGGGCCCCACCUCCAGCAUGGCUCAUGCCCAACCCCUUCGACCCAUCGUAUAGAUCAGCUGUUUGUGGGACCCAUUGCCACAUUGGCCUCGAUAUUCAAACCAAACGCUUAUUGGAUGGAGUGAGGAUCGAGGCAGAGAGAGAAGAAUCUCUGGACUGAUAUUUUCCUCCCUACGCCUCCUAACCAGAUAGGAUCCGACGGAGCACCGCCCAAAUCGAUGGCACCACCGCCGCGGGUGCUUCCGGCCACGGCGGCCGCCGCUCUCCCUAUGUCAUAUCCCCCGCGAGCUCCCGCGUUCUUCCGCCGGCGUCUUCGCUCGCCCAGCCGUUCCUCCUUCAUUCGCGGAGCACGGGUUGCCUCUAGCUUCGCUUUCUCCUCCGUAAGCACGAUUUUAGUCUACCGUCUUAUUCUCCCUCGAUUCGGUCGCUCUCGCUAGCAGUUACUGCUGGAGUAAACCCUGGGACCUGCAUGGCGAAAAUCGCGGCAAAUAUCUUUAUGUGGCUGUACAUUUUGCUGCUUCCGGAACUCAUUUCUUCUUUUUUUUUUAAUUCUUUCUACUGCAAUAUCUGAUGUGCUGUUUGCUGGCAAUUGUGGCUGUUCAUUCUCUUAUUUCCUCUUUUUGCGCGUUCUUUGCGAUCCUCUUUUCCUAUCUUCUCAGCACCCAUGGCUGAAGGAGCAUUUCCGGCUCUGUAUAAGUUUUCAUAUACCCCCUGAUUUCUUAUGCCACAAUUUUCGGUCCUUUCUACCUCAUAUGAUAAAUAAAAUUUCGUUUCGAGGUUUAAACUAGUAAAUAUGCAUAACUAUUGCCUUCUUUGUUCAAAACGUCACUGCUUGAGGUUUACUCUUGUUGUGGAGAAUGUCUAGAUGGUCUGUAUAGUAUGCGGUGCUGUACGAGGAAAUGAACAUCUUCUAACUGUAAUACUUCAGUAUUUGCGCAGAGGAAGUGCAGUCUAUGUCACCAGAACGUCUCUCUCCAUCUUAAUGGUCCAGUGGGUAAGAUAUGGUGCAGCCAACAGAAAGUAGAAGGUGACAUUGAUUAUGAAACGUGUGAGCUGGUCAGUGGUAUUGAACUUGUUAUUGGGGAAGGCGAGGAUAGCAUCCGAGCUUAUCUGCUGAAAGCAGUGAAGAAUAACAAUGGCAAUGGUGUCCUGCUGUUGUCUGAUGCUUUUGGGUUUGAAGAUUCAUCUACUAGAGAGUUCGCCUACAGAGUUGCCUGCAGUGGCUACAAGUAAGUUCAUAUGACUAUAUGAAAGUAGUUUCAUUUUAGCAACGGAAAAUCAAAAAACUAUGAUGAAAUCAUACUGCGCUAAUGUUUUCUCUAUCUUGAUUCACCUGCUCUGCUCCUUACUCUAAUGUUAUCCUGUUCAUUCCCUUUUCAAGGAAUUUGCCCCAACUAAUUCAGUUUUGUCUGAGGAUACUUCAAUGUUUUAUCUGGAAUUCGUUGUAAACUAUUUCAGUUCAUCAAAUAAACAGCUUUCAUAUCCUCUACGUUAAUCUUGUACGUCUAACCACAACCCAAGCAGCACUGCCUUGCUUAAGUUUGGAUGUAUUCUAAGGGUUUUAUCCUGGUUGCAGAUGAGUGGACAGUGUCUGACAGCGGACGAUGAAACUUCAUUUAGAGUCUUAUGAUAUUUUUUCUGAACUCCUAAGUUAUCAGACUGUAUAAUUCAAGUUUUUGGCCUUAUAAUAUCCUCUUAUAAUUGUAAAUCCUUAGCAGCCCUUGCUAGUCAUAAUCUGGCCCUAUAUAUCCCAGUAAUUUUCUCGCUUAUAGAUUUAUCAUGCGUUUCUACUCAAUAUUACAAUGAGAAGAUUUCGUAUUUGAUUCUGUUUAUCUAUGUUAAACAGAUUCUUUAUACCCUGAACCCUGGGUUUAUCUAGGAUAUUAAAACUUGAGCACUUGCAUGAUUACAAUGAUAAUCAUUGCUGAAGAUGAUAACUAGUAUUUUACUAAUGAGUGAUAAAUGAUCAUAUAUUCAUCAUUUUAAAGUAAAUAGAAAACAUUAUUCUUAAAUAAAUUACCUUAUAAAUGAAUUAGAAAUUAGAUCGUUGCUAAGUGUUUAUUAUCAAAUUAGUGUGGUGCCUUAUUUAUUUAUUAGAUUAUCAUUCAUCGUUCAUUUGGGAAUUUAUUUUUUACUUAGGUAUAAGAAUUCUUUGAUAAUUAUUUUUAUCGUUCGUUAAGCCUACUUAAUGCACAUUAUCUCCUGCACUCUGUGCAGUUGUUCCCGAAUCUCGAUUCACAUGGUCCUUCUGAUCCAGCGUACAGGAGAUAAUGUGCAGGAUUAUUUGAAGCCGCAGCCGCUGUCUUCGUGUUCAAAUGACUGAUCUCUCCUUCUCUUGGUGCUCAUCAUGGAAACAGUGUUCUCGUCCCAGACUUGUUCCGCGGAAACCCAUGGAGGACAGGCCGACAGCAGGCUGAGUUCGGGCCAUGGGUGGCUAGUCACCUCCCCGAGAGGGUCGCCGUAGACAUCGCAUUGUCAUGCCAGUGGCUAACGGAGGAAUACAUUGCUGCCGGCAUAUCUAAGAAGCUCGGGAUCAUUGGCUUCUGCUUCGGCGGCCAUCACCUGAUCGAAACAUUAGCCCGCGACGAGGGCGGCUACUUCGGCACCGGGGUCUGCUUCUACGGGACAAACAUGAACCCGGCCCUGUGCCCCAAGAUCAAAGUUCCGGUCCUAUUCGUCUGCGGAGACGACGACCCGCAUUGCCCUCUGAGCGUGGUCCGCGAGAUGGAGAAGGGCAUCAGGGGGGCCAAGGUGGUGGUUUACGACGGGAGGGGAGAUGGCUUCGCCCAUCGGCCUGAGUCCCAGGAGGAGGACGACGACGCCGAGGACGCCUUCGCCGUCGCAAGAACCUGGUUGCAUGAUUUCUUGGUCGCAAAUUAGCCAGCUAUUAGAGGUCCGUCGUUCAUUUACUCUGUUUUCGUUCUUGUUCAUGGUUUCCUGGCUGUAUUUUGCUGUCUCUACUGCUGUGUAUGGAUUAGUCGUCCAAAUGCAUUACUGCCCUUAGAAUGGAGCCCUCUGAAUAUCAUCUGGACUCUCACUAAAUUGCCUGAGCCAGUAGUGAUACAGCCCGGUCGAAAAAGGGCUCGUAGGUUAUUGACUUGGAGGCACGCUUGUCAUCUAAAGUCGUUGACUUGUUGGGAAAUACCAUUCGUCCCAAUAGUUUAAAGCUGGACUCGAUAUUUCUGAGUUCCCCCUUGAAGCAUAUUUUUCUUAUUAAAAUAUGUAAUAAAUCUGCGUAGUAUGGCAGCGCGAGGAAUUGUAUCGGUCGAAUAAAUAUUAUUAAAUCCAGUGGUAAUGUCAACGGCGUACGUUGUCAACGAGCCCGAAAAUUACAUUUUAAGCCAUGAGCCUGGCUUGA